UUCAAGAUGGCUGCCGAGAAGGACGGUAUUCAAAAGGAGGACGAAAACAAUAUCGAACACGUAAAUGACGAUGUAUUGGAGAAUGGUUUCGAAGACGAACCCGAUUUUGGUGAUCCGGAAGGAUUCGUUGAAGACAUAUCAGACGAAGAAUUACUUGGAGAUUUGUUAAAGCUCAAGCCUAAAGAAAUUGAUGGUGUUGAAUCUAUUAUUGUUGUUGAUGGAAUUCCUCAAGUGGGACCAGAAAGAAUUGAGAAGUUGAAAAAUGUUUUAAAUAAAAUAUUUUCGAAAUCUGGCAAGAUCAUUACUGAAGAUUUUCCUGUAGAUGAAAAUGGAAGAACAAAAGGAUAUAUUUUCUUGGAGUAUUCUUGUCCAGAGCAUGCAAUGGAGGCUGUCAAAAUGGCAAAUGGAUAUAGAUUGGAUAAACAACAUAUUUUUACAGUGAAUCUUUUUACUGAUUUUGAAAAAUAUGAGAAUAUUCCAGAUGAGUGGGAACCACCAAAACCACAACCUUAUGUUGAUCAUGGUAAUUUGAGAUAUUGGCUAAUGGAACCUGAAUGCUAUGAUCAAUACAGUGUAAUGUAUGAUGCGGGAAAGAAAACUGCUAUAUAUUUAAAUAGUCAGCCUGAACCUGUUUGCUUAAAAGAACGUGAAGGAUGGACUGAAACAUGUGUUAUGUGGUCACCUCUAGGAACAUACCUUGCAACUUUUCAUCCAAGAGGUAUAGCUUUAUGGGGUGGUGAAGAAUUUGUACAGAUAAUGAAGUUUAGUCAUGCUGGAGUGCAAUUUAUUGAUUUUUCACCUUGUGAAAAUUAUUUAGUUACAUUUAGUCCUAUACCAGAUAUUAAAGAAAAUUCUCAGGUUGUAAUUAUUUGGGAAAUUAGGACAGGCAUGAAGAAAAGAAGUUUUCAUACUCAGCACUGGCCAGUUAUAAAAUGGAGUUAUGAUGAUAAAUAUUUUGCAAAAAUUGGUCAAGAUGUUUUGAGUAUAUAUGAAACACCUUCAUUUGGCUUAUUAGAUAAGAAGAGUUUAAAAAUACCAGGAUUAAGAAAUUUCCAAUGGUCUCCAACCAGUAACAUAAUUGCUUAUUGGGUUGCUGAAGAUAAAGAUGUUCCGGCACGUGUGACACUAUUAAAAAUACCUAGUCGUGAUGAAUUGCGAGCCAAAAAUCUUUUUAAUGUUGCCGACUGUAAAAUGCACUGGCAAAAAUCAGGAGCACAUUUGUGUGUUAAAGUUGAUAGAUACAGCAGAUCUAGAAAAGAAAAAAAUGAAUAUAAAUACAGUGGAAUGUACUAUAAUUUUGAAAUAUUUUAUAUGAAUGAAAAGCAAAUACCUGUGGAUAAUAUAGAAAUAAGAGAUAGCAUUACAGCCUUUGCUUGGGAACCAGUUGGAAGUAAAUUUGCUAUAAUCCAUGGAGAUAGUCCACAAAUAAAUGUCAGUUUCUAUGAAAUAAAACCUGGAGGAACUAUUAGUUUGUUAAAAAAAUUUGAACGCAAACAAUGUAAUCAUUUAUUUUGGUCACCAAAUGGACAGUUUAUUGUAUUGGCUGGAUUAAGAAGUAUGAGUGGUACUCUUGAAUUUGUUGAUACUUCUGAUUUCACAGUCAUGUCACAGGCUGAACAUUUUAUGGCAACAGAUGUUGAAUGGGAUCCAACAGGAAGAUAUGUAAUUACUGGUGUUAGUUGGUGGAUUCACAAAGUGGAUAAUGCAUUUUACAUAUGGUCAUUUCAAGGAAGAUUAUUAAGGAGAAGAAAUAUGGAACGUUUUUGUCAACUUCUUUGGAGGCCUCGACCUGCUACUUUAUUAUCCGAAGAAAAGAUUAAGGAAAUUAAAAAGAAUCUGAAGAAGAUUAGUACUCAGUUUGAUAUUAAGGAUCGCAUGACAUUAACUAAAGCUUCAAAGGAACUUGUUGAUAAAAGAAGAAAAAUGAUGGAAGAUUUUAGAAGUUAUAGAGAAAGAAAAGAAGCGGAAUUUGCUGAAGAAAAGCCUCUCAGAUUACGACUUCGUAAUAAUAUAGACACAGACGAACUAGAUAGUGAAUAUGGUAAUCUGGAAGAAGAAAUAGUGGAAUUUUUAAUUAAAGAGGACACAACGGUCAUCGAAGAAGAAUAAUAAGUGCAUUAGUCUUUGGAAAUUGAACUCUUCUGCCAGUCGACAUUGUCGAAUUCCGAAUCCUCCUCGGAAACAGCUGUGCUUGAAAAGAUUCAAAAUAAAACCAGAAGAAAAAAAUUUUUUUUAACUGUUUUUGUUGCAGAUUAACUGCAAUUUUGGUGGUAUUAUUGAGAAAUGUACGCCAUUUUCGACCUUUUUGGUGGCUUAUUUCACGAACCGUUCAGAAUACGAAAUUUUACAAUAUAAGUUAUUUUAUUUUGUAUCUAUAAAAUAAUAUGGUUUUUGUAAUGAUCCGAGAAGUGGUAUGUUUUUAUUAUGAAUGCAAUUGAAUUGAAUAUAGUGUUAAAAAGUAUGCAAAAAAAAAUUAAUAAAAAGAUUAAUUUUUGUAUUAUU